AUGGGGUAUGUGAUUGAACGUAGACAGUUUGUCAUUCAAGUUGUAGUUGUGAAGAACAAUGCAGAAGUUUGCUGGAUCUUUGGUGUGAUGACAGGAGAGAAUACAGAGGAGACCUGCACCUCCCCUCAGAGGACAGACAAUCCCUACCCAGGAAGGCAGCUCAUCCACUUUGCUUCCUGCUCUGGAACAUACGGGGAGACCCAGCAGAAAUCCACCAAUGUUGUGUAUCAGGCGCAUCAUGUGAGCAGGAAUAAGAGAGGGCAGGUGGUUGGAACAAGGGGUGGAUUCCGAGGAUGUACCGUGUGGCUGACAGGUCUCUCUGGUGCUGGAAAAACAACGAUCAGUUUUGCUCUGGAGGAGAAUCUCGUCUCCCACGCCAUCCCUUGCUACUCCCUCGAUGGGGACAACGUCCGUCAUGGCCUCAACAAAAACCUUGGAUUCUCUCCUUGGGACAGAGAAGAAAACAUCCGCCGGAUCGCUGAGGUGGCCAGGCUGUUUGCCGAUGCUGGUCUGGUCUGCAUUACCAGCUUCAUUUCUCCUUUUGCAAAGGAUCGUGAGAAUGCCCGCAAAAUCCAUGAAUCUGCAGGACUGCCAUUCUUUGAGAUAUUUGUAGAUGCGCCUCUAAACAUUUGUGAAAGCAGAGAUGUAAAAGGUCUCUACAAACGGGCCCGAGCUGGGGAGAUCAAAGGGUUUACGGGUAUUGAUUCCGAUUAUGAGAAACCUGAAACUCCUGAGCUUGUGCUUAAAACCAACUUGUCCUCAGUGAGCGACUGUGUGCAGCAGGUGGUGGAACUCCUACAGGAGCAGAACAUUGUACCCCACACUAUAAUCAAAGGCAUCCACGAACUCUUUGUGCCAGAAAACAAACUCGACCAAGUCCGAGCUGAGGCCGAAGUGCUCCCUUCGUUAUCAAUUACCAAGCUGGAUCUUCAGUGGGUCCAAGUUUUGAGUGAAGGCUGGGCCACUCCCCUCAAAGGUUUUAUGCGGGAAAAGGAGUACUUGCAGGUUAUACACUUUGGCACCCUGCUAGACGGCAUGUUCCUUCCUGACGGAGUGAUUAACAUGAGCAUCCCUGUCGUGCUGCCCGUCUCCGUGGACGAUAAGACACGGCUGGAAGGGUGCAGCGAGUUUGUCCUGACACACGGAGGACGGAAGGUGGCUAUCUUACGAGACCCUGAAUUCUACGAACACAGAAAAGAGGAGCGUUGUUCCCAUGUGUGGGGCACAACCUGUGCAAAACACCCCUACAUCAAAAUGGUGAUGGAAAGUGGGGAUUGGCUGGUUGGUGGUGACCUUCAGGUGCUGGAGAGAAUACGGUGGAAUGAUGGGUUGGACCAAUACCGCCUGACACCUCUGGAGCUCAAACAGAAAUGUAAAGAAAUGAAUGCUGAUGCAGUGUUCGCAUUCCAGUUGCGCAAUCCUGUCCACAACGGCCAUGCUCUGCUGAUGCAGGACACCCGCCGCCGGCUCUUGGAGAGAGGCUACAAGCACCCGGUCCUCCUGCUGCACCCCCUGGGGGGCUGGACCAAGGAUGAUGAUGUGCCCCUGGACUGGCGGAUGAAGCAGCACACAGCUGUGCUCGAGGAGGAGGUUCUAGAUCCCAAAUCCACUAUCGUGGCCAUCUUCCCAUCUCCCAUGUUGUAUGCUGGCCCCACAGAGGUCCAAUGGCACUGCAGGUCCCGGAUGGUUGCAGGGGCCAAUUUCUACAUUGUGGGCCGGGACCCUAGCACGCACCACGCUCAGAGCUCACACAAGCACAAUGAGUUUGACUUCAUCUCAGGAACUCGUAUGAGGAAGCUGGCCCGGGAAGGAGAGAAUCCCCCAGAUGGCUUCAUGGCCCCCAAAGCAUGGAAAGUCCUGACAGAUUAUUACAGGUCCCUGGAGAAGAACAACUAA